AUGGCCAAGACUCCUUCAAAAAAGGCAGCAAAGACAGUUGCUUCGACCGGCAAGGUGCUACGUCAAGUUCACCCCGACACGGGUAUUAGUAAGCGCGGAAUGUCGAUCAUGAACUCAUUCAUAAACGACAUAUUCGAGCGUAUCGCCUCAGAGGCUGGAAAGCUGUCGCGCUACAACAAGAAGUCAACACUUUCGAGCCGCGAGAUUCAGACAGCUGUGCGACUCAUGCUGCCGGGUGAGCUCGCCAAGCACGCCGUGUCCGAAGGCACGAAGGCCGUGACCAAAUUCACAUCCGCUUAA